AUGGACGCGGCAGAUUCAGCAUCUACUAGCACAUCCGGGUUGUUGCCAAAGGAAAAGAAGAAACUGAUUUUAAAUACUGCAACUAUAGAAGACCUUCAAAAAAAAUACGGAGCGGUUAAACCAUCUUUUCAUGAAGUACUUUAUAAGCUUUAUCAAAAUGAUUUAUAUACAGAAUUUGAUAAAAGAGUUCUACAAAUGAAACCAAAUGAUUGUGCAAUUAUACAGAAAUACUCAAAGGUUGAGACAUUUCCGAUUGAUGGCCACGAUAAUUUGAAGAUGGUUACAGUUAAUACUUUCAUCAGUGAUCAUCCUCUUCGAGAGUUUCAUCGAAGAUCUGUGAAAAAGUGGAAAGACAUAGCUGAUAUGGAGGGUCUGGAAAGGGCCCAGAAUCAGCUUGCAAAAAUUGAAAACCUACCAUUGCUUGUAUUUAUCCAUGGUCUAGGGGGUCAACUUUCGCAAUUUGAACCGAUUAUACAAGAAUUUAGAAAUUGCUCAGAUAUGUUUGGAAUUGAUCUACCAGGAUUCGGUAAUUCAAAACCCACGGAAAAAACACAUCUGUUUACAAAACUUUCUGCAUCUUCUGAAGAGGACAACAAAAAAUUAAAUCAAACAUUUAUAAAUAUGCGGACAGAGAAUUAUAGAACAGAUAGCAUAGUGGAUAUAUUGUAUCAAAUUCUUUUGCAGAAAUUUCCCAAAAGAACAUUUAUUAUUGUGGCCCACUCCAUGGGAACACAUUUAGCCAUUAAACUUGUGAAUCGGCUACCUUCAAAUACAGUUGAAAGUUUAUGUUUUAUAUCACCCCCAAAAUUGAGCGAGACUGUAGACCAGCCACCAAGUAUACCAUAUAUUACAAAAUCAUUUUUGGCAUUAUCCAGUUUCUAUCCCAGAUUAUUUGAUUUUUAUCGAAUGAUCGACAGAUUUGGCGGCCUAUAUUCACACUCGGUCAACAGCUAUCUUUAUCCCGCUGAAAAGGACGUUUUUAAACGGUUGACACAACUUCGUUGGAAUCUCGAUACAAAUUCAAUUGUAUUCCUCAAAUAUGCAAGAGCAUUCAGGCCAGCUGCCGCCACAGAAUUGCUCGGUGCCGCCUCUAAAUUGUGUCAUUCAACCGAUCAGGAAAGGCCACGUAUAUUAAUCUGUUGUGGCGAUAGCGAUAAAGUGACUCCAUUAAAAUACAGUAAAGAGAUUACAAACAUUUUAAGAGACUCUGGUUUUGCUGUAAAGCUUUCCAAAGUGAAGGAAGCUAAUCACUCAGUGUUUUUAGAUAGGCCGCAUGUUCUUUCUGGACUUGUUUACCAGUUUGUCAGUGAACUGGGUCUUAACAUUGAUUGUACCUGGACACUUAAAAUAAGGGCGAUUAUUGGUGGGGACAAAUGGAGUAUGAAAAAUAUUGAGAAGUGGAAAAAAGCGGUGACUUUAUCCAAACCAUUAAUUAACUAUGCAAGUCCAGAAAAACCCAAAUCACCGUUAUUGGGCAUGAAAACAUUAAGGGAGAAUGACCCAACGCACAACCCUCUGACAUUUGAAAGUACACAUCCAGAGAUUUAUGCUAUCAUGGAUAUUGGUUCUGACACACCAUCCUACGAUCCAAAAGACUUUAAACGUAUAAAGUACAUUAAGUAUAAGACUGAGUCAAAGGUUACACCCGAUGAUAUUACAAUUGCCAAAUUUCUCGAUAUUGUUGAUAAGCUCGUUUUGGCAAAACAGAGCAAUCAGUAUAUAGUUGUUCAUUGUCACUAUGGUCAAAACCGAACUGGAUUCUUGAUAUGUUGCUACCUUGUUGAGAGAUUGGGAUGGACGGUAAAGGAAGCUUUGGAAGCUUUUGAAAAUUCAAAGGAACCUGGAAUUAAGCAUCAACAUUUCAAGAAUGCCCUUUAUCUCAGGUAUGGCGAAUGA